UUAACGUUACAGUAGCCGAUGUUUUUUUCGUGCUGGGGUGUCAUUAAAAAUUAUUUCAUUCAUUCAUAAUUAAUUAAUUCAUUCAUUCGUCGCAACGAUAGUAGCAAUAUCCGGUGUCGAUCGCGGGAAGUGAUGACGUAUGGAACUACUACACAUGACGUAUCUUCCUUUCUCCCGGGCCUGCCAUGUUGAAAGAUUAUUAUUUUGCCAUGAAAAGUGAAAAAGUGAAGUACUAGCUGUUAGUGACAAUGUAUAGGACUUGCCUGGACAUAGUGAUGGUGUUUUUUAUUUACCUGCAAUAUGUGGAAGGUGGAGCCGUUCUUGAAAUAAUGCCGUGUGUUACAAACUGGUUUGAUGGAGUGCCGCUGAAUUUGACGUGCGUUCUCGUGAGUGGAACAGUUGACACCAAAGUCAGUUUCUCGAGAAAUGCCGAAUCGAAAGUGCAGUGUAAUUCUGCUUUUGCCGAUUGUUUUACGCACGAUCCCGCGUACAGCCAUCUUGGACAUUCUUCACAGUCUAUGACAAUGCUGAUUCACAGUUUUAAUGAAGGAAAAGAUAACACAGCGUGGACGUGCAUUGAUAGCAGCCCCCCUGUAUCGCCCAUCCCGUGUAUCAUUAGUUUAUCAGCUAAAUAUGCUGUCAGCCAUGAAGAUAUGACCUCACUAGAGAAAGUUACUAUACCAUUCAAUGUGUCCGUGACUGGAAUCUGUACUUACCAACUGCCAACUUGUACCUGGACAUAUAUGAUGCAAGGUAUGUCUGAGAAAAGAAUGAUACCAAGUGGUCAAACACAUAUAAACAACACUACAGCAUCCUGUAACGCAGGAGAUCAACAAGCAACUUGCAUUUUGAAAAUCGACUUCGUGCCAGAAGAGUUUUUCAACAGAGGAGUGUCUCUGCAUGUAUCAAUUACCCAUCCCUCAUUGAUGGGCAGUUCCACUCCAAUAGACAUUGUCAGCUCAACAAUGUUUUUCACAGAACCUACUAAUGUGGUGCCCGUGACUGACCUGAUGCUAGGUAGUGUGACGGGAACUGUGGUCGCUCUCUUCCUGUUUGUUGCUAUUCCUUUUGGUUGGAUAAUCUACAAGAGGAAGAAACUACGGAAACGUGAAGAUAGGAUGAAAAUAAUUACUAGAACUGUCGAAAACCAAAAGCAAGUUGACAACCCUGCUUUCUCAUAUAUGCCACCUAAUACCUGAAUACAGGUGUAGAAAUGGUGAUAAACACUGCAAUUUGACAGGGUCUUGUUUCUCUUUUCCUAUGAAACCAUAUCAGUAAACAAGCUCAUAAUGCAGCAAGUCAAUUUUUGUUUAAUAUUUUUUUUUAUCCCACUGGUCCCUUUCCUUUCUAGGGGUGGGACGUAGCCCAGUGGUAAAGCGUUCGCUUGAUGUGCGGUCAGUCUAG